UGGUUACUUUACAAACGUCUGAUUGACGACUCAGACUCGCUGUCUGCUGCAGUUUUCUGAAAACUCGCUGAGUUUUUCCUCUAAUAGAAAUCAUCAUGGCCAACAGUCGACAGGCUAACAAGGAACUGACUGAGGCGUUGAAUCAACUCUGGCGCCUGGAUGCUAAUCGUCUCCAGCCAGGGAAGGAUUACAAAAUCUCCCUGCAGGGUAAGGCAGGAUAUGUGGCUCAGGGCAGCAACAGCGCCAGAGAUCGGGCCAGCGCUCCGCUCUUCUCAUACAUUAAUGAAGAAAAACUGAAAAACAUUAAGACAUAUGCACAUUUCAUCAGCUUGCUGGACAAUUAUGAGGCGUCGACGGGUGUGGCAGAGACGGUCACUUCAGAGGAGCUGAAUGAGAACAGGCUCUUUCUUGACGCAAUCAUGGAGACCGAAGUCAUGAAGUUCACGCACAAGUAUCUGGUGAAAAAAGGCCAGUCACCAUCAGACCCCACACAGUUCAAAAAGCAGCUGUUUGACAUCUGGUUUCGCCUCUACCACAGGGACAGGAGUGGAGGUGAGGAUUCUUGCGGAUUUGAACACGUGUUUGUUGGAGAAGCCAAAUAUGGUCGAGAGAUCACGGGUCUGCACAACUGGGUCCAGUUCUACCUCCAGGAGAAGUUGGGCCAGGUUGACUAUAAAGGCUACAAAGCAAGGGACAACAAAGAUUCACCUGAUGAGGACGACCACGUCCUCAACCUGCAGUUCAGCUGGAAGGGUUUGGUGAAGCCAGUUGGUAGCUCCUUCAUUGGGGUCAGUCCGGAGUUUGAGGUCGCCCUUUUCACCAUCAUCUUCCUCACGUCAACUGAGAAGUCAACAUCUGUGGUGGUGAAAGUAGACGAGUACGUCCUGGAGCUGGUCGUCUCUCGGCACGGGCGAUCCAUCGGCACAUCCUACCCCAAACUGCUCAGCAGCAACAACAGGGAUCUGUAAUGCUGCUCUGUGGAGAUAUUGGCCAUCCUGCGAUAUUUCUGUAAAACCUUCACUUGCAACUUGUUUAUGAUGACCAAAAUCAUGCUUCUCAAGCCUGAUGUGCAAGCAGUUGAAAUUUUAUCAGUUACAUUGUUAUUUUUGUUGUAGAAAUGUUUACAAAAUUGUAAACAUAUGCAUGUGUCAACAUAAAAAAACAAUUAAUGAAAAGGAGCAGAAAGAAAAGUAAUGUUACAUCUGAAUAUAAUUUUACAUAUACAUGUGUUAACUGUGAUUUUUGUCCAGUUCAUUUCAUGUAACAUAAUUUCCUGGUUAAAAAAUGAUUUCCAUUAUUUGCACUAAUGAACUGCAUGCACAGAAAUUAAAAUAUUAGGAAGAAAUACAAAUGAGGCUCCAGCUCCCAUGAUCUUUUGGUUCUAAAAUUGAAACAGGGGUUUACAUCCUGAAUAAAUGGCAUGGACCUUUUAAUGUGACAUUUACCCAAAAUUAACAAAUAAAGAAAAUUAUAAUCUGGCUGAAGAAUUUGCUUGUUUUAUCAAAGCACUAACUCAAAAGGACUAAUUUGUUUUAGUAAAUCCUUGUCCAGUUUUUUUAACUUAAUUUGCAAAAAAAAAAAAAAAAAAAAAUCGCCUUUACGGUAAAAAUAAUUCCAAUAUUGUCAAAAGCAAACUUACAUGAAAUGCGGAAGCCAUAAUAUAAAAAGAUUCAGCAAAUGUUUGUGUUGGACAGGCAAUUGUAUUUGUACUAAACGUUUGAAAAAAAAUUACUCCCUGUUUUAAUUAUAUCUGUGGUUUUCAAUAUAACGGAUAUUAAAAAUGCUCUUAUUUCA